AAAAACCUAAUUCGGGCGGGUUUGCUAUCCGGAUUCACAGAGGGCAGGUCGACGCCAUUGUCAAAUAAAAGAAGUUAGCACAAACAAAACGCCGCCGUUGGAAGGUAAAAGAAGGUUCUUCUCUUCCUGUCAGCAGCGUCUGAGCCUGUGAAUGAGUUGACAGUCUUCUCCAGAAGCAAACCACAUGUAUUCGAGUUCUGAUUACAGUAAUGGCUAUCACAACGAGCCUCAUCGAGUUGGGGCUAGUCACCGGGAGCGAGCAAGAAGAGGGGUGCGUGGCGGUCGCUCACGCGACUGUAGAGAUGGGUUUCGAGUUUCUAAAGAGCAGCAGUCGGAGGAUGAGCAGAACGUAACUCCUUGUACGGAUUUCGACAUGGCAUACUUUCAUUCCUAUGCUCAUGUUGGUAUCCACGAAGAGAUGAUUAAGGAUCGUGUGCGAACAGAAACUUAUAGGGCUGCAAUCAUGCAACAUCAGAGUUUCAUUGAAGGCAAAGUUGUUGUGGAUGUUGGCUGUGGCACUGGAAUUCUUUCCAUAUUUUGUGCUCAGGCUGGUGCUAAAAGGGUAUAUGCAGUGGAUGCAAGUGAUAUUGCUGUACAGGCAAAUGAAGUUGUGAAGGCAAAUAAUUUAUCUGACAAGAUUAUUGUGUUACAUGGACGUGUUGAGGAUGUUGAAAUUGAUGAGGAAGUUGAUGUUAUAAUUUCAGAGUGGAUGGGCUACAUGCUUUUGUAUGAGAGCAUGCUGGGAAGCGUAAUCACUGCCAGGGAUCGCUGGUUAAAACGUGGAGGUGUUAUUCUUCCAUCAAAUGCAACGUUGUACAUGGCCCCUAUCACGCAUCCUGACAGAUAUAGUGAAAGCAUUGACUUUUGGCGCAAUGUUUAUGGGAUUGAUAUGUCUGCCAUGAUGCCACUAGCAAAACAAUGCGCAUUUGAAGAACCAUCUGUGGAGACAAUAUCUGGAGAGAAUGUAUUGACGUGGCCACAUGUGGUUAAGCAUGUGGACUGCUAUACAAUUGAAAUUCAUGAGCUAGAAUCUGUUACAACGAGAUACAAAUUCAAGUCAAUGAUGAGAGCGCCAUUGCAUGGGUUUGCCUUUUGGUUUGAUGUUGAAUUCAGCGGGCCUGCAAUGUCUCCUAUAAAUGCCCUCACAAAUCCUCCAAUAGAUGGUAGUCAGAGUAAAAAAAGGACAAAUCCAAAUGAUGCACUUGUGCUUUCCACUGCCCCUGAGGACCCACCAACACACUGGCAACAGACGGUGAUCUACUUUUAUGACCCAAUAGAGGUGGAGCAAGAUCAACUCAUUGAAGGUUCAGUGACACUAUCACAAAGCAAAGAAAAUCGUCGAUUCAUGAAUAUCCAUCUUGAGUACACUUCUGGUGGUAGAUCAUUUGUGAAAGAGUCAGUAAUGAGGUGAUCACCUUAAGAAUCAUUACCAGUAUUUUUCUUCAAGUAUCAAGAGAUUGUUAUGUUGCUCAAAUUCUCCUUGUGGCCACCUUCCAUGCAAAUCCUAGCAAACUUCGACUCUUUGAAUGAAGCUCUGCGGUUGACGAUGCAAAUUUAUGGCUCUUACUAAUUAUUAUCUUCAGAGGUGAAACUGUUACAAAACAGAAAUAGGUGAACCAACUUAGGAAAUUAGAAUUUAACCCUGUCAGUGGCCUGAGAUUGCAUUUUUUAAGUUCUCGGGAUGGGUUUAUCUCUCUAGAUGUAAGGCAUGAAGGAGAGGGCCGGUAGUUUGUGUCAAUUGUCGUAUCCGUUGCUUAUAACAGGUUUGAAAUAGUCUCAACCCAACCGAUUACUAUACAUUGGAUUUCUGACCACUAUGUAUUGAAACUACAAUGUACACCGUUUUCAAUGGGUUAAUUACGUUUGUCUGUUACUAA